AUGUUUCUCAGAAUGCUCGUCCGAGCUAGCGUUGCGCUAUUAGCUGGAGUAUCCGUAACUCACGCCGUCUCUGCUCAAGUUGUCGAGGACAGUCUCAGUACUUCAGAAGCAGGGCACAUCGAGAUUCAAUCCACCGUUCACAAUGCAACUGGGAUUCGCUAUGUCAAGAACUCAGGAAUCUGUGAAACAACCCCAAAUGUUACCCAGAUUUCUGGUUACAUUGACGUUGGAACAAACAUGUCCAUGUGGUUUUGGUUCUUUGAGUCUAGAAACUCACCAGAAACAGCCCCAUUCACUCUAUGGUUGAAUGGCGGCCCUGGAUGUUCGUCUAUGAUCGGAUUGUUCCAAGAGAACGGGCCAUGCUUAGUGAAUGCCGACCUUAAUUCGACCACUCUUAACCCCUACAGCUGGAAUGGUCUCAGCAACAUGAUAUACAUUGACCAGCCUAUCGGGACCGGAUUUUCUUACGGUACUGACACGGUAAACAGCACGGAAGCCGCUGCGCCUUUUGUAUGGACUGCAUUCCAGGUUUUGUUUGAAAGCCAGCUAUUUGCGAAGUAUGCCAGUCGAGAGUUCAUCUUUGCCACAGAAAGCUAUGGUGGUCACUAUGGUCCCAGUUUUGUGACCUACUUCGAAGAGCAAAAUGCCUUAAUCGCUAGUGGGGCAAUCGAUGCUAUUCCAGUUGUUGUCAGCGCUCUGAUGAUCAACAAUGGCUGGUAUGAUCCCCUGAUUCAGAACAUCGCGUACCUAACCUUUGCGACCUAUGCCCCUGGCUAUGGACAACUCCAGCCAGACGACGUACUCAAGAACAUUUCGGAUUUCGUCUACGGUCCCGAUGGUUGCGUAGCGCAAGAGAAUGCUUGUUACGCUGCUGGAACUUCCACUCACUCAAACAAGAUUUGUCGGGAUGCCGAUAAUUACUGCAUCGACAAUGUCUUCAUCCCUGCUGUGGGCGACCUCGACAGCUAUGAUUUACGUCAAAAUUCAUCUGCUUUAUUCCCCCCUGAAUACUACAUGUAUUAUUUGCGGCAGAAGGAUGUCGUGAAGAAGAUCGGUGCUCAGGUCAGAUACGAAGAAUGCCCAGAUGCACCCUAUGAACUGUUUGCGAAGACAGGCGACGAUGCUAGAACAUGGCUACCCCAGCUAUCGGCUCUGGCCGACUCUGGGAUGAAGAUUUUGAUUUGGGCUGGAGAUGCUGACAUUAAUUGCAACUGGCUUGGGGGUCAUGCGUCAGUCCUAGCAAUGGAUUGGUAUGGCAAUGAGACGCUCCAUAAUACCCCAUUCACCAAUAUGACAAUCAACGGCGCGCCUGUUGCGGCCGUGCAGAAUGUCGACAACUUCACCUUUGCACGGGUGUAUGGUGCUGGACACGAAGUGCCUGCCUUCCAGCCCCAAGCAGCUUUGGAGAUUUUCUCGCAGAUUAUUAAGAAGGAGCAACUUCACUCCGUCUAA